GCGACGUUAAAGGAUGAUCUGUGGGAGAAAUUCCAGGAAUUAGGCCAGCGCCUGAUAGAGCAGGAGUCGUGGGAAAUCAACCGAUUCUGUGCUGAUGCCGUAAAAUGGACCGAUCGAGGGGGGAAGAGUAAGGCGGGGUGGACAUGGGGUGAAUAUGGACCGACAUUGUGCGGAGCUCUACUCGAAAUUAAAUAUUUCAUGAAUGGAGUGGAGUUGAGGAGGAAGUAUGAGGGAUGGACGGAGGAUAAGGCAGCAGAAAUUACGGAGCUCACUCCUGAUGAAGCCUAUCGUCGUUGCAUUGUCGGAACAGUUGCUUUAGCCGAAUUGUAUGGGGAUCAUUGUCAAUUAAUGGAAGUUAUAGAGAAGGUUAAGACCGAUAUAGGGGGCACAGUGGAUGCCAAGUUAAAGAAUCAUUUGAACAGUGGAACAAAGAAACUUGAGGAGCAAUUGAAUAAAUGUGAAGGGAAAAUAGACCUCCCUGCUUUGAUGUUCGGUAAAGCCCUUCUCCAUGGUAAAAUCAAACAAUGGACAAAGGAAGAAAGGGAGAAGGGGAAUGGGGGAGCAUGGAAGCUGGGGCAACAGUGGGAGGGUAAGUGGAAGCCACGGUGUGUCCGUGGGAAAAGGACUCCUGUCCAGAUAGAGGAGGCCAGGAAAAGAAGUUUACAGAACAAUAAAGAAAGUCUCAUGAAAUUUUCAGGAAUGAAAGAAGAUGUCAACGGAGAAAGACCUGGUAGUGUACCCAUAGCAGACAUCCUAGCAGAUACGGAUGGAAAAUUCACCAUCGAAGAGGAAAAAUUAGGCUCCGUUCUUCAAUCAUCACUGCAGGGGAAUGGUAAAAUUGACGUAAGUUCCUUGACGAAGAAGAUAAAGGACGCAACUGAAGAAAAACUGA